AUGAACAGCCCGUCACCCGUAGAUAGCUCAUCGUCUUUCUUCAGUAACGUCCUCACGCCAGGUUCGUCUUUGCACCCAACCUUUCUUCUUGUGGUAGAUGGUGCGUUUGGUGCACUGCUGGUCGUCUUGCUAGCUCUCGCAGCUGUUACGCGCGGAAAUUUGCAUUUCUUUGCGCUCAUCUUGAUUGAACUUGGUUUAUGGGCAAGCGUGAAGUGGUUUGUUCACGAGUUGCAGAAUGUUCCAGCGCAGGAGGGACAAGCCGCGACUGCGGGCGGGAAGAAACAAGCAUCAAGGCUAAAGGACGACUGA